AUGAUGCGCCAUCAUAUCGUGUACGGCAACGUAUGGUGCCGGCAACAGGCACAAUGGACCCGGAGAUACAAAGCGACCUCGGCCACUGUAGCCUCAAAGAGCUCAUCAAAGAGCUCUCUGCCGCCACAUUGCUUGCUUCCAACUAAGAUGCUCCUACGAUCUCUGCUGAUCACAACGAUAUCUUCUCAUCGAUGGCUAUUGACGCCGGCCUUGAAAUUUUUGUCGCUGAUAGUUCAUCCGCGUAUGUCUCUGCUGGAUGUGAAUAAAAACACAAUCCUCCAUCGAGUUAUGAAAACCACAUUCUACAACCAUUUCUGCGCCGGUGAGAAUGGCACAGAGGUCCGGGCUACGAUCGGAAACAUAAAAGAUAUGGGCUUCAAGGGUGUCAUAUUGACAUACGCUAGAGAGGUUGUGGUUGAUGCGUCCAAAGCAUCGGCAGAAACAGCUGCGACCGAUCGCGAGCCGGAAGUUUCUACUAUUGGGUCGUCGAAUAAUGCCGACAUCGAGGCAUGGAGGCAAGGAGUUCUAGAGACAGCUGGAAUGGUCGGAAAGGGUGAUAUUCUGGCAUUAAAACUUACUGGUGCUGGGGAGCCAGCAAUGCAAGCUCUUGCCGCGAAUCAACCUUUGCCAGAUCAGAUGAGUGCGGCGCUGCAAGAGAUUUGUGCGGCUGCGAUAAAAUGCCAGGCUCGAAUCUUCAUCGAUGCUGAGCAGCAAUCCGUUCAACCUGCUAUCGAUAAUAUUGCACUUGAUCUGAUGAAGCAAUUUAACGUCGAUGGCAAGACCGUGGUCUACAACACUUACCAGGCGUACCUGAAGUCAACACCAGCCACAGUCCUCGCUCAUUUGAAACUAGCAGAUGACCAUCGUUUCACCCUGGGCAUCAAAUUGGUCCGGGGUGCAUAUAUCGCAGCGGAGCCCCGUGACCUUAUCAACAAUACCAAGUCUGAAACCGAUGACUCCUACAACUCCAUUGCAGAAGGUGUGAUCAAGCGUCGAUACGGAGAAUUUGGUCAUCGGGACAAGCUAUUUCCCUCCACUGAACUCUUCUUGGCCACGCACAAUAAGGAAAGUGCUUUGCUAGCCAGCACUCUGAUCAAUGAGCAGAUUUCUAUGGGGCUCCCUGUCACCCAAGUUCAGUAUGGGCAGCUCCUGGGGAUGGCUGACGGGGUCAGUUGUCGACUAUUGCAGCUUGGGGGUAGUGACACAGGCAUUAGGUCGUCAGCAGCCCCCGAAGUUUUCAAGUGCCUCAGCUGGGGCACAUUAGGGGACUGUCUGUCAUAUUUGUUCCGAAGGGCGGUUGAGAAUCGAGAUGCAGUCGGUCGCACCAAAGAGGAGUAUUUCCAGCUCCGACAAGAGGUUCUCCGUCGCAUCAAAACAAGCUUGUCAUGA